CUACUUCAGUACUAGAUGCUGGUGGCCUUGAAAGCAUCACCCGGUGUCCCCAGCAGCUUCCUCAGAUGAUGGCUGCAGCAGCCGAUGGUUUGGGGAGUAUAGCGAUAGACACCACGCAGCUCAACAUGUCCGUGACAGAUCCCACAGCCUGGGCCACCGCCAUGAAUAACCUGGGCAUGGUUCCCGUGGGGCUGCCUGGACAGCAGCUCGUGUCCGACUCAAUCUGUGUCCCAGGCUUUGAUCCAGGCCUCAACAUGAUGACUGGGAUUACACCCAUUAACCCAAUGAUUCCAGGCCUGGGGCUGGUGCCACCCCCACCACCAACAGAAGUGGCUGUCGUCAAAGAAAUAAUCCACUGCAAAAGUUGUACUCUUUUCCCUCAAAAUCCAAAUCUUCCACCUCCUUCCACAAGAGAACGACCUCCUGGGUGUAAGACCGUGUUUGUCGGAGGAUUACCAGAAAACGCUACUGAGGAAAUUAUUCAAGAAGUCUUUGAGCAGUGUGGUGAUAUUACAGCCAUUCGGAAAAGCAAGAAGAAUUUUUGUCACAUUCGCUUUGCGGAGGAAUUCAUGGUUGAUAAAGCCAUUUACCUUUCCGGUUACCGGAUGCGAUUAGGGUCCAGCACGGACAAAAAGGACUCGGGCCGCCUGCAUGUGGACUUCGCCCAGGCCAGGGACGACUUCUACGAGUGGGAAUGCAAGCAGCGGAUGCGCGCGCGCGAGGAGCGGCACCGGCGCAAGCUGGAGGAGGACCGGCUGCGGCCGCCCUCGCCGCCCGCCAUCAUGCACUACUCAGAGCACGAGGCCGCGCUGCUGGCCGACAAGCUGAAAGAUGAUAGCAAGUUUUCAGAGGCUAUCACAGUGCUCCUUUCCUGGAUUGAACGUGGGGAGGUGAAUCGGCGUUCCGCAAACCAGUUCUAUUCCAUGGUGCAGUCAGCCAAUAGCCACGUCCGCCGGCUGAUGAAUGAAAAAGCCACCCAUGAACAGGAGAUGGAAGAGGCCAAGGAGAAUUUUAAAAACGCCUUAACCGGAAUCCUCACCCAAUUUGAGCAGAUUGUGGCCGUUUUCAACGCUUCUACCAGACAAAAAGCUUGGGACCAUUUCUCGAAAGCUCAGCGCAAGAACAUAGACAUUUGGCGAAAGCACUCUGAGGAGCUCCGGAAUGCUCAAAGUGAGCAGCUCAUGGGCAUCCGCCGUGAAGAAGAGAUGGAAAUGUCAGAUGAUGAGAACUGUGAUAGCCCUACUAAAAAAAUGCGAGUCGAUGAAUCAGCCCUGGCCGCUCAGGCCUAUGCUCUCAAGGAGGAGAACGACAGUCUCCGUUGGCAGCUGGAUGCCUACAGGAACGAGGUAGAGCUGCUCAAACAAGAGAAGGAACAGCUCUUUCGAACAGAGGAAACUGUUACCAAGGACCAGCAGCUCCAGUUCCUGCAGCAGACCAUGCAAGGCAUGCAGCAGCAAUUGCUGACCAUCCAGGAGGAGCUAAACAAUAAGAAGUCAGAACUGGAACAAGCAAAGGAAGAGCAGUCCCACACGCAGGCGCUACUCAAAGUCCUCCAGGAGCAGUUAAAAGGUACCAAGGAAUUGGUUGAGACCAAUGGCCACAGCCAUGAGGACACAAAUGAAAUCAAUGUGUUGACAGUUGCAUUGGUCAAUCAAGACCGAGAGAACAAUAUAGAAAAAAGAAGCCAAGGUUUAAAAUCAGAGAAAGAAGCUCUACUAAUCGGCAUCAUAUCAACAUUUCUUCACGUCCAUCCUUUUGGAGCCAAUAUAGAGUACCUUUGGUCAUACAUGCAGCAGCUGGACUCCAAGAUAUCUGCAAACGAAAUUGAGAUGCUUCUGAUGAGGCUGCCACGCAUGUUUAAACAGGAAUUCACGGGCGUGGGAGCAACACUGGAAAAAAGGUGGAAGCUGUGUGCCUUUGAAGGAAUUAAAACGACCUAACUGUGAAGAGCUGGCAAGUCUCUGGAAACAAAGGCGCCUGACAGGGCCAGGGCUGUGCAGUGUGAGCACUGGAGGCUGGGGAUGGUCCGGCCUGGGGCCCCUGUGGAGCCGUCGGGGCCCGACUUCAGUUACAUCUGUGGCGUUCUCCUGUGAGUGGAAAUGUGCUUGUGUACCAGUUCCCUAAAACAAAGCUUCAUACUGUGACAGAUCUGUUUCCUAUGAAAACCAACGAUUCCACAGUCAUAAUGAAGGCAAAAUCUUAAAAUAUGAUACAUUUGAGAAUAGCUCACCCAGCAAAAUAUUUAAAGUUAAUGACGGUGUAGCAAUGGUUGUCGCUAGGCUGCACAGUUGUAUAUGUAAUGUAUAGCUGAAAUCAUUCAAUGACAUUUUCCUGAAAGUCUUUGUUUUAGUAAAAAAAUAAAAACAAAAAUAAAAAUAAGAAGUAAUUUUACAGUGAGGAAAAAUCAUACCAAAAGGAAACUUGAAUAUGUGUCUGAACAUUUAUUGUAUUUUGUAAAUUAAGUUAUAUGCUAUUCCAGGGACUUUUGCCUUACUGAAGAGGCAGAAAAUGUGAUUGGACUCCUUGGACUCCUUGAGAAUGCUUUAUCAAGAAUAUUAUUUUUCUAAUGUAACAAUUCUCCAUCAUAAGUUCUUUUAACAUGGACUGCGUAACGAUUUUCAUAAAAUGUAAAUAAAGGAAAGCUAGUGCUGCUGUCUUGUACUUGGUAUGUAAUAUUCAGGUUUAUGCAUCAAAAUAAACAUUCAGUAAAUAUUCCUGUUACAAAUUUUAUAG